CCCCCUACAAACUUCGUCCGGGUUGACGAAAGCUCCAGCUUCUCGUCUCCUUCUUGACACAUUCCCUAGAGAUAAAUAACUCGACGCUCCCGCAUAUCAUCAAAGAUUCGCGCGUCUGAACCUCUCCUCCAUCAAACAACACCCCCCACCUAAACCACCGACACAUCAUUCAUCAUGUCUGGACCUGUCGCUGAUAUGGGCCUCAUCGGCCUGGCCGUUAUGGGUCAAAACAUUAUCCUCAACGCCGCCGACCACGGUUUCACCGUUGCCGCCUUCAACCGUACCGUCUCCAAGGUCGACCGAUUCCUGGCCAACGAGGCCAAGGGCAAGUCCAUCGUGGGCGCUCACUCUCUGGAGGAGUUCGUUUCAAAACUUAAGAGCCCCAAGCGAGUCAUGCUUCUCGUCCAGGCCGGUAAGGCCGUCGAUGACUACAUUGACACCCUCAUCCCCCUCCUUGAGAAGGGUGACAUCAUCAUUGACGGUGGUAACUCUCACUUCCCCGACUCCAACCGCCGCACCAAGUACUGCGCUUCCAAGGGCAUCCGCUUCGUCGGCUCCGGUGUCUCUGGUGGUGAGGAGGGUGCCCGCUACGGUCCCUCCAUGAUGCCCGGUGGUAACGAGGAGGCCUGGCCCCACAUCAAGGACCUUUUCCAGAGCAUCUCCGCUAAGAGCGAUAACGAGCCCUGCUGCGACUGGGUCGGUGAUGAGGGUGCCGGUCACUACGUCAAGAUGGUCCACAACGGUAUUGAGUACGGUGACAUGCAGCUUAUCUGCGAGGCCUACGAUAUCCUGAAGCGCGGUCUCGGCCUCUCCUGCAAGGAGAUUGGCGAUGUCUUCGCCAAGUGGAACAAGGGCGUCUUGGACUCUUUCCUGAUCGAGAUUACCCGUGACAUUCUCUACUACAACGAUGACGAUGGAACUCCCCUCGUCGAGAAGAUCCUCGACCAGGCUGGUCAGAAGGGUACCGGCAAGUGGACCGCUAUCAACGCCCUUGACCUCGGUAUGCCCGUCACCCUCAUCGCCGAGGCUGUCCUUGCCCGUUGCCUGUCCUCCAUCAAGGAGGAGCGUGUUAAGGCUUCCAGCAAGCUUCAGUACGUUGGCCGCACCAACAAGUUCGAGGGCAACAAGGAGCAGUUCAUCGACGACCUCGAGCAGGCUCUGUACGCCUCCAAGAUCGUCUCCUAUGCUCAGGGUUUCCAAUUGAUGAACGAGGCCGCCAAGGAGUACGGCUGGAAGCUUAACAAGCCCUCCAUCGCCCUCAUGUGGCGUGGUGGCUGCAUUAUCCGCUCCGUCUUCCUCAAGGACAUCACCAACGCUUUCCGCAGCAACCCCGACCUCGAGAACCUUCUCUUCGACGACUUCUUCAACAAGGCCAUCCACACUGCUCAGCCCGGCUGGAGAGACGUCGUCGCCAAGGCCGCCCUCCUCGGUAUCCCGACCCCGGCCUUCUCCACCGCUCUGUCUUGGUUCGACGGUUACCGCACCAAGGAUCUCCCCGCCAACCUCCUCCAGGCUCAGCGCGACUACUUCGGUGCCCACACCUUCCUCGUCAAGCCCGAGUCAGCUAACGACAAGUACCCCGCUGGCCAGUACCACCACGUCAACUGGACCGGCCGCGGAGGUAACGUCUCUGCUUCUACAUACAACGCUUAAUGGUUUUCUGGAUAGGUUAAAUAGAGGGCUCACUAUAAGAACUGGUAUAAGGAUGCCAGGAGAAUGAAAUGAAAUGAUUACACGUAAUUGAAACAAAAAGUUCCACCA